AUGACAGGCGAAGGCAAUGUGGCCACGGCCGCUCCUGCCGCGACGCCUAAAAUAGCCCAUCCUGGAGCAGGCAGGGCAGGAAAGGUGGGACGAAAUCCAAAGGCAGAAGACAAUACCAAAGCGGGGCAAAAGCCGCAAAGUGCACACACAAACAAAACAGCGACAGACGCGGUUCCAGUGCUUUCGCGAGAACACGUCAACCAGCUUCCGCUCCGACGACCUUGGGGCGCCCGCGGCCUCAGCGAAACCGUGGCGCUUCCGCGCGCCCUCACGCCCGGGCGCGGCGCCGUGCUCCUUCAGGUCAAACACACUGCGCUAAACUUUGCCCAGUUCAACGCGCGGCCGGGCAUUGUGCCAGGCACACAAAUAGUGGGCAAGCUCGUGUCGCCGGCCCACCAGGAGGAGCUUCUUCAACGGAAGGCGGGCGGCGAGAAACCGCGCCGUUCGCGCGGGCCCAAGUACUAUGUGUUCCCGCACUCGGCCUGCUGGGUGCAGCGCGCCUCGCCGUGCGCCAACUGCCGCGUCGUGGCGCGCCUCGACCGCGCCAACUACGAGGUGCACAAAAAAUGGCCCUGUCUCGCACACUGGGUCUACGGCGAGACCAUUGACGGCGGGCUCCAGCACUAUGUGACUGUGACGUCGCCCGAACACAUUUUGGUUGCGGUGCCGCCGGCGGUGUCGCUCCAUGAUGUGUGUUUCCUUGGGCAGAUUGCGGUGCCGUUUUAUGCCUACUGCGUCGAUGUGCUUGAGGCGGCGGUGCGCGCAUGGCCGGCCGCCCGGAUUCUCAUUUUGCUCAACGACGCCGAACGCGAGGCCAACGACUGUCUUUUGGUGCGCCACCAUCUUGGCCUUGAAAACGUGCACAUGACGUUUACAGACAUGGCGCGGCUUGAGGCGACGCCGACGCUCGUGGAAAGUUACGCCGGCCGUUUUGACCAUGUGCUAGUGUUUGCUUCGGGCGAGCGCGCGGCGCAAGUGGCGGUCGACCUGGGCAUUGCGGGCGGCGACUGCCGCGCGCGCACUCUUGCGUUUUUCUCGCGCGCCGUGCCAGCACAUUUGGGCGCCUUGUCUGAUCGCACAGUGUACGAAGUGCGCCCGUCUUACAAGGACAAGUUUCUACUCGAGCAGCUUUUGGCAACGUUGGCCACGUUUAACGACAACAGAGGAAGAAAGUCGCCGAGCGAGGCGUCGGUAGACUCCAAAACCUCCACUGGGUCCAAAAACUCCGCCAGAACAAAAAAUUCCAUUGGGUCCAACUCCAUAGGGUCCAAGGACUCGGUCGCAUCACACCAAUCUAUUGAAUCGAGGCACUCAGUGGCCUCGAAAAACACUAUCAACUCAAACCACUCGAUGGAGUCGACCACUUCGGUCGGCUCGCAGAACCACACCAAGACGGGCCGCGCGGGAAUCUCUGGGCUCGCGCCCGAAAUUGUGCGCCCGCCCCGAAAGGGCCAUGUGUCGUGGCUCUACUGCGACCAAGAUUUCCAUCUCUGCAAUGACGACUCGUGCAACCACGGCCCGCAAUGCCAGCUGACCAUGUCCAUAAACCGGAUGUUGCACUCGGGAUGCGAACUACGACGGGUAUUUUUCACGAAUCGACUGGCGUGUUCGGCGAAAAUUAAUGCGUUGGUGCUCUAA